AUGGCCAUGAAGCAGGGAGAAGUGACAGCUGAAAUGUGUGCUUUUGUCUAUGCUUAUGAUCUAUUUGCCUUGUUUCUAGGGCUCAUCACAAUAAAAGAAGCCCAUGAUAUAGAAGCCAGACUUAAUGAAGUGGAAAAGCUUCUGAAGACUAUUAUAAACAUGCCCUGGAAGUAUUCAAGGUCUGAAGUUGUCCUCACAUUCUUUGAGAGAUCUCCUUUGGACCAAGUUCUGAAAAAUGACAAUGUCCAUAAAAUUCAGCCAAAUUUUCAAAGUCCAGUUAAAAUAUCAGAAAUCAUGCGAUCAAAUGGAUUUUGUUUAGCCAACACUGAAACAAUAGUCAUUGACCACAGUAUACCUAAUGGAAAAGAGAAGCACCUGGAUGUAGAUUCAGCAGAACAUUUGUUCGAAAGUGUUAGUGACUUUACCUCAGAGCUAGAAGACAGUGAUGAUCCAACAGCUUAUGUCACCAAUUUGACAUACUACCACCUGGUUCCAUUUGAGACUGACAUUCUGGACUGAGACUGCUCAAGGAUGCAGUCAGCCAGCAUCCAGCCAACCUCUUCAUCUAUAGGCUCUGCUAUCUCUGGCAUUGCAACUCUGUGAAUAAGGCUGUGCAGACAAGACCAACAGCAGAGAAGCUGCAGCAAGUACGCCACAAAGCUGAUUUUGUAGUGUGGUCCUCCGUUGUGUAUUAUGGAGACAUCUUGUAAGGAGGUUACUGCUUGGCUGUUGACAACAAACUCGUUUUCUGUGAAAGCAAAGCAGCAGAGGCCUCUUGGGGCUCAAGGAAAUCUCUACCGUGUCUGUGGGAGCUGCCACUCUGAUGCAGCCAUCAGAAACUUGUACUGUGGUACUCUGUCAGCCGUGCUCCUCAGCUUGCAGUGCAAUUUGAGGCUUCCUCUUUUAGGAUACCAGCAGAAACUUCC